GGAUGAGUAUUCGGUGGGAAGACCACGAAUAACAGCAUUCACCACAUCACGUUCAGGGAUCUCUUCUUUCAAGGCAUCGAGAUCCGAGAGAAUAGUUGCCACAUCAUCAAGGUAUUGUGUCAUAGUUUUGGUACCUUUACGAAGAGUGUGGAGUUUGUCCCGAAGCUGAUAAACAUGAGCGAAAAUGAGCCAAGCCGCUGGCAACGACGAACAGGCUGUCCCAGAGGGUGAGCAUGAGCACGUGAGUGUGCACAUUGAAGCGUCGAGCUUCACACCCCAGCAGGCCUCUGAGCAGGCGGUUCUGGGCGCGGGCCAGAUUCCUGAAGCUGUCCCUAUCAUUCAGUCGCAACUCGCGGCUAACUUCAUGAACUUUCUCCAGCAGAUGGCUGGAGCAUACGUGCCACCACCGCCGCCACCACCGCCACCGGCGGCAGUGGUCACUAUUGAGAAGCUCCGAAAGAACGGGGUUGAGGAAUUUCUAGGCGAUCAGAUCGCCGACCCCAUGAUCGCGAAACGGUGGUUUGAGCGAACCAUUCGGGUACUGGGAAACCUGAGGGUUCUGCAGGAGCAGCGUGGCGACCUCGCAGUUGCCUUACUUCAGGAUUCUGCCUAUGACUGGUGGAAACGCGUAGGAGCAGACCUUCCGGAGCCCGUGCAGUGGGCCACUUUUGACCGACUCUUUCAUGAGGAGUACAUCCCGGAGCACUUCGUCGAGGCGAAGCGAGAGGAGUUCUUGAAGUUCACCCAGGGUGAACUCAUGCUGCCUGAGUAUCGUCAGAAGUUUGACGAGCUCGCGGGGUUUGGGCAAGACCUCAAGGCGGGAACCAGCAGCAAGAGGCCCUUUGCAGCACCGAGUAGCUCUCACCAGAGCAAGAAGGUGAAGUCAGCCCCAGCUCAGUCAUCGGCGUCCGUGCAAAAGAAGGGCAAGAGCGGAGAUGGGUUCCGCAACCCGAUUUGCGACCAUUGUGGGGGCAGGCACCCAGGGGAGUGUUGGUACACUCUGGGCUUGUGCCUUGGAUGUGGCCAGGCCGGGCAUUUCCGAAAAGAUUUUCCGAAGAAUCCGGGUGAGGCAUUUCCGUCCGCACCAGCCGCUUCAGCCCCAGCAGCGCAGCCCGCUCAGAGUCAGAAGUCGGCGGUAGCAUCUAGCCAGCCCAAGCGGCAGGCACCUGGCGCUCAGGCGGGGAAGGCCCCGGCCCGUACUUACGCGAUGCGAGGGCGCACCGAGCAGCCAGUCCAUGACGUCAUCAUGGGCAUGGACUGGCUCACUGCCAACCAAGCCGUUGUCGACUGUGGAGCGCAUACGGUUCGGCUGAGAGCCGAAGACGGUAGUGAUGUACUGAUCCGUGGUGAGCUUCUUCCGAAAGCUCCAGAAUUCAUUUCCUACCUCCAUGCUCGCCGACUCAUUCGCAAGAAGUGUGAAGCAUUCUUGUGCACAGUGCGUGACACUCGUCAGGAGGCGCCUAGUAGGGGGGACAUCCCUACGCAGAUAGCCUCAGCCCAGAGCAGCGAUGACUUCUGUAUUCAGACCAUUGAGCUCGUCUCUCGUGGAGAGAAGCCGGAUUUUGCAGUUCGGGAUGAGGAGCCGGUUGAGAUUCUGGCUCGCGAGGUCCGUCAGUUGAGGAACAAAACCAUUCCACUGGUCAAGGUUCUGUGGAGAAGUCACACCGUCGAGGAGGCGACAUGGGAAACCGAAGAAUCCAUGCGCACUCGUUAUCCACAUCUUUUCAGUGACCAGUGAUCAGGUAGGCAGAAUGAAUGAUUGGCAUGUUC